CUCCACCACUUUUCUAAAAUGAAGUAAUACUUUGUUUAAUUCUGCGGGAAAGCGGUAGAGCGCCCUGAUAAGUUAUACUGAGGCAUUUCGAAAACGGGGUUCUUCAGCGAGUUUACGCCCGUUCUCCUUUACGUCACGAGACACUUCUUUCCUCGUGAGGUCUUUCUCGCGCACGAUUCCUCAAAUACAUUCAGCUGCAUAUUUCUAUACUUGAGCAGUUUCUGUACAAAGUUACAUUCGUCUCUUAAAGAGACAGCAGUGAGUGUGUGGGGGAGUGUGCAUGUGUUUGUGUGUGUGUGUGCGCGUGUGCAAGUAAUGGCAGACCCACAAAGGCAGCGUUCUUUAUCCACAUCAGGGGAAACACUCUACCAGAUCCUAGGAGUCACUAAGAGUGCCUCACCAGAGGACAUCAAAAAAUGCUAUCGGAAACUUGCGCUGAAGUUCCACCCGGACAAGAACCCCAAUAACCCAGAAGCAGCAGAGAAGUUCAAGGAGAUCAACAACGCACACACUAUCCUCUCCGACCCCACCAAGCGCAACAUCUACAACCAGUACGGCUCCCUCGGCCUCUACGUGGCCGAGCAGUUUGGUGAGGAAAGCGUCAACACAUACUUUGUGCUGUCCACCUGGUGGGCCAAGGCACUGUUUAUAUGCUGUGGCAUUGUUACCGGCUGCUACUGCUGCUGCUGUCUGUGCUGCUGUUUUAAUUGCUGCUGUGGGAAAUGUAAGCCGCAGCCUCCUGUCGGCCAUGAGCACGACUUUUACGUCUCCCCCGAGGACCUGGAGGCUCAGAUGCAGUCAGAUGAGAGAGACGGUGAGCCUAUCCUGGUUCAGCCCUCCUCGGCCACCGAGACCACUCAGCUGACGUCAGACAGUCCACAAGCCAGCUACCAGACAGACACUGGCUACAACUAGAACUUCCCAGCACCGUACCCUCGACCCCCCCAUACCCCUCCCUCCUCCCUCCCCUUCUCUCCUGUGGGACCACCUGACCAGCAGGGGGAGCGUCACUUCAUGCACUGCACAACAGCCGCCAAGCCAGUGAAGGGGAGGAAGAGAAAGAGGGGCCGAAGGAGCGGACAGGUUCUUGUCUGCCUCCGCUGCCAAAGCUCUGUGCAUGCGAGGGCACAUCUCUGUGCAGAAAACAAAUGACACCACUCUUUCUUUUGCCCGCUUAACUCCUUCACUCCUAUAUGUAAUGCAACAACAGCCUGUGAGACAUGUUUCUUGUAGACAGUGCCCCAAACAGCCCUGCUUGCUCUCGUAAUAGCAUUUUAUGCCAUUGAAGGAGAUCACAUCUGAACUACGCAUUGUUGAUUUGAUUGAGUUUUUCACAAAUAAUGUGCAAUGCAUUGCAUUUGGACAUAUUAUGUAUCACUGGUUUACUUUAACCUACACUGGAAUGACAGUCGUGUUUCCAUUGCCCCAGUAUUCAGUUCAGGUUCUUUAGAUGAUUUUGCAAUAAUCGAACACUCGGAAACUAUAAAACUUUGCUCUUCCUGGCAUGUGUGUCAGUGUGGCAAAGGCAAAAAUUUGUACUGUUUUUACUGUUUUAGUUUCAACAUCCUCUAUAGUAGUUUUGGUGUUUGACGGUUUUAGCAAAGGCCCAGUGCAUACGCUGUCUCUCUGAAACCAGUAGCACAUACAUCUGUUGGCAUGUGUCCAUACACUGACCUCUCCAAAAACAAACAAACAAACAAAAAAGCCCAGGUGAAAGAAAUUACUACAUGCAUCAGAUUCAAAUCAGCAAUUGUGGAUUUCACAAGAAUUUUGUUCAGUGCACAUAACACUUUCAGUUCAGUGCUUUUCAUGGAAGCAACAUUGUAUUAUGCAGUUUUGGGCUGUGUGCGUGCAUGCGUGUUUGCUGCUAGUGGCAGUGAGCAGUCCCACACAGCACAUGAUUUCACGCUGCAGAACUGGGUCUCUGAGCCUCUUAUGCAGUGUCCAUGUGCAUCUUUGACUCCGACAGAAAUCUAGUGCCUUCCAUCAUGACCUUGUUACCACUUCUUUCUGUAUAAUAAAACAAGGGAUCAGUUUCCUAAAUCUGGAUUUCUAGGAAUUUUAAAAUUUAUUCCUGAUUAUUGUGAGGGGCACUAUUAUUCUAGAAAAUGCCUAAUAAGUCCUUAAUGUUGAAGUAUGUGUGUGUUUCUUGUUGGUUAUGUAUGUGAUUUCAUCUUCUAUGCUUGGCUGUGACGGCAUUAAUCCUUACCUUCCUAUAUACAACCAUGUCUGCUUCCCAGUGAACAGACCAACAACUACUUGUUGUUUCAUUACCAAUGCAUUACAAUUAAUUUACCUCUUAUUAAAUUAUAGAUCCUUAAAGCUAUAUUCACACAUUCAGAGCUAACUACGCAUAUCUCAGAUAUGCAUUCGGUUUGUAUAACCUUGAUGUAUGUGGAUAGAGGUGUGCAUAAAUAAUGUGUUCAUUACUGCCGCUCAACCACAUUAGCCAGUCAGGACUUUGCUGCCGUAUCGGCGCACAGCCACUCCUAGCCCUGUAGGCUGUCUCAUGCUUUGCCAAUCUGUUUCCCAAAAGCUUCAUAGCCAUCUCUCCAUCAUUUAACUGUGUAAUUUGUGUUGCAAUGCUUUUGGGAAAACUUGCCCCGAUCUCCUUGGAUACACUUCAUUCUUUGGGCAUUUACUGUGCUAAGUAAAUCUGUAUUUACAGUGUGUUCUUUUUAGCAGAAUACACCGCAGUACACUUUGGUUGAAACCUUUGUUUGUUAAUGAGGGGUGAGUUUUACCACUUUUAAAUGGUUCCUAUAGGAGGUGGUGAGUCUAAAGGAGUGUUUUUGCUUAUACCAUGGAGGGAAAUUGAAAGUUUUAGUUUUAUUUUGAACAAUUCUAAAUCAUUGUUUAAUCUGUGUAUGAAUGUUUUCUGAAAUUGCAUACAUGUGCGAGUGAAUGAGGCCAUUUUGUGUAGUCUUGAGAAAGUUUAAUUGUGUUUGUGUAGAUUUUAAUUGUGAGUACAUUUUACAUUUUCUUUAGUUUCUUAAAUGUAUUUUAUGUUUAAAAGGUUAGGAUUACAUUGAGGGUAGUAAAUAAGAUGAUAUAUAUUACUUUAUUUAAUGUUUUCAUUUGCUGUAUUCUCAGAAACUAUACUUCACUAAAUUGACUCCUAAUAUGACAGCAUCACAACUUGCACAAGGAAAUGUGACCUCUCAGAUCUACGUGUUCUGGUUCAAAUGUACCCUCCUGGUUUUUAUUUUGUACAUGUAUAUUUUUUUGCAAGUUAAUUUGUCUACAGGGUGAAAGAUCUGUUGUGCAACUUUCUCACAGUAGUCUGUGUGAAGGCAAUGUCUAAAAAGAAUCAUGCAAUCAUCUCCAAAUAUUCUUAUAGAAAUGUUACAAUAAUAGUGGAAAUAUAGUGAUAAGGUAAUAUUACUAUUAUAUUUAAUUUAUUUUCUUAUGUUUUAAUUAAUAAAUUACUAGCUCAAAUAAUGUGUCAGUGGAUGUGGCUAUUGAAUGGCUGAAUUCUUUGCACUGUCUAGAUAAAAUUGUUAAUUUGAUAUUUUUCUGUUGUAGUAUAAAUACUGUGUGAGAGGCAGUUUACAUGGGAAUGUCAUCUUGCUGUUGUACAAUUAAAAGUUUUAAAGCCAAGUGA